CCUCUGCAGUCUCCCCCUUUAAACUGACUCCAUCCCUGAUUCCCACUCUGAAACCCCAAAAACCUCAAAAUGGCGUGUCUGGAACCUGCUCCGUGCGGUUCCCUCUCUGAAACUGACCCACCGAACCCUUAUGCUUCCUCUGAAUUUGAUUCUGUGCCUCUUCCUACUUUCGAUCCUGAUUUCUUCUCCGAUGAUCUUACCUUGCCGGAGGAUUUCCUCACCGAUCUAGGGUUUGAUGGAGACUUGGAUUUCCUGGAUGAUAUCGUUAUUCCUCCCUCGGACGAGGAUUUUACUUUGGAAGAUGGCUCUAUAGCCUUGUCCUUGGUGUCGGUUGAUCCAGUCGCCGUCCCCUCAUUGUCUCACGAGUCGAAAGCCGACGGAUCGGGUGUCUCGUCUUCGUCUUCCCCGGAUUCGGACGACCAGAGCUUGGAUGUUGCUAGGAUUUUGAGUUUUCCGUCGCCGGAGACGGGUAGUUGUGAUCGGGAAUUCUGUGAACCAGUAUCUUCCGCGGAUUCCGCUGGCUGUAGGUCAAGUGUGGCCGGGGAGAAGAGUUUGAAUGCUUUGUCGCCAGAUUCUGGUAGUUGCAACGGUGAUCAGUCGGGAUGCGCGACGUCCUCCCCCAAUUCAGGUGACAUUCGGGUAGAUAUCUUUGCCGAUCAGAAGAUUAAGUUGGAGGAGGUUGGCAACGUCUGUUUGGCGAAAAGGAAGAAAGAUAAAGACGACGGGAACAGUAACCCUAAAAGCAGUAAGUUCCGCAGGUCGGAGGACUCAAAGACUCCUUACGUUUCAAAUGCUCUUAGUGAAGAAGAGGAGAAAAGGAAAGCGAGGUUAAUGAGGAACAGGGAAAGUGCCCAACUUUCUAGACAGAGGAAGAAGCAUUACGUCGAAGAGUUGGAAGACAAGGUAAAGUCAAUGCAUUCUACUAUUGCGGAAUUAAAUGGCAAGAUUUCGUUUAUCAUGGCUGAGAAUGCUAGCUUGCGCCAACAAUUAGGCGGUGGUGCUGUCUGUCCGCCGCCGCCUCCGGGCAUGUAUCCUCAUCCUGCGAUGGCUCCCGUGCCUUAUCCCUGGGUUCCUUGUUCACCUUAUGCAGUGAGACCUCAAGGAUCUCAAGUUCCUUUGGUUCCAAUUCCGAAAUUAAGACCGCAGCAACCGGUAUCAGCGUCCAAGGCUAAGAAGUCUGAGAGUAAGAAGGCUGAGAAUAAAACUAAGAAAGUUGCAAGUGUUAGUUUACUGGGUCUGCUGUUUUUCUUGUUUUUCUUUGGAGGGUUAGUUCCGUUUGUCAACGUUAGAUUUGGAGGAAGCAAAGAAACGCAUCCUACUGGGUUUGAUUUUUCUAACAACUUCCAAGCUCAUCCCCGAGGGAGGGUUUUGACAGUUAGAGGUUCUGCUAAUGGGUCUGAUAAUAGAGUAGGAGUAGGCUUGUAUGAUGGGAAAUCAGCUUUUGACAAGGUUGGUGAUAGAAAUGUUAAUUGUAAGAGAGGUAGAGCUAGAGAGGCCGAAUCAGAGAUCAAACAAAAUAAAUGGGAAUCACAACCUUUGCCUGGUUCAGGUAGCUCUGUGCAUUUAGGAAAUGCUAGCGAGCCUCUUGUUGCUUCACUCUAUGUACCGAGAAAUGAUAAGCUAGUGAAGAUUGAUGGCAACUUGAUAAUUCAUUCUGUUAUGGCUAGUGAGAGAGCUAUUGAAUCUUCUCGCGCAGCAACUGGAACAAAGAGUGAUAAAACAUCUGGGCCUCUUGUGGGUGAAUCUAAAGAAACUCGUCUAGCAAUUGCGCGCAGUUUGGCUCCAGCACUUUCUCUUUCUAACCCUGGGAGGCACUCAGACAACGAUCCACGCCUAUACAGGAGCCUCAGUGAAAGGCAGAAAGCACUUGGUUCUGGUCCUGGAGAUGCUUCCAAGAAAAACUCAAAGUCAGCUACAUCUGAUGGGUCAUUGCAAGAAUGGUUCCGUGAAGGCCUUGCAGGACCUAUUUUAGGUACUGGAAUGUGCACUGAAGUAUUUCAGUUCAAUGUGUCUCCCGAUUCUGCCAACCCUGGUGCCAUAAUUCCAGCAGCUUCAGUUGCCAAUAUUUCAGAGGAACAGCCACCAGAUUCUGCGAAUCACAGCAAGAGGAAGAAUAGAAGGAUUCUCUACCCUUCACCUAUUCCCCUUUCUGGAUCUUCUGUCAACCAAACUGAAGAACAUGAUAGAAGGCCUUCAAAGAAUGAGAGCUUCCAAGGCAACAAAUCUGCUUCAUCAAUGGUUGUGUCCGUGCUGGUUGAUCCUAGAGAAGCUAGUGAUAUCGAGGGUGAUGGAGUAAUCUCAUCGAAGAAAUCCUUGUCUCGGAUUUUUGUUGUUGUGCUUGUGGACAGUGUCAAGUAUGUGACAUAUUCAUGCGUGGUACCUUUCAAAGGUUCUAAUUCUCCUUUGGUAACUGCUUGAGGACAGUAGAAUGGUGCCUCCUAAUGAAUGACAUGCGACUCCUAUAUGUUUCAGUUUUGUAUAUAGAAAACAAAUUACAUGUAGUUUGAACUUUGAACUCCGAGAAAUCAAUUAUCAGUGUUUUUAACUUGCAUAAUUUAAAUUUACUUCCUCAA